CGCCCCCAGCCGGUGCUGGGGUGUCAGGCCGGCGUACGAGGCCGGCUGUGCACCCGGGCUGGCCUCUCAUGUCCCCUUUUACCUCCCUCACUUCAUCGUCCGGGCUCAUCCCCGGGAGGCGCACCGUGCACCAGGUGGUGGCCGAGAGCCUCCUGGCAGCGGCAACACGCGAGUGAGGCCUGCCGCACCCCACCGCCGUCCCAGCUCCAGGACGUGGACCUUGAACUCAGUUUGAAGGGAAACCCAGCCUGCUGAGGACCUCUGCCCUCGUCACAGCAGCCUCUCAGGUCUCAGGAGGAAAUGGAAGCACAUUCCUGGCCAGUCCCACCCCAGGCAUCUGUGUGCCUCGAGGACGUGGCUGUGACCUUCACGCAGGAGGAGUGGAGGCAGCUGGACCUGGCCCAGAGGAUGCUGUACUGUGAUGUGACUCUGGAGACCUGUGGCCAUCUGGUCUCCCUGGGACUUCUGCUUUCCAAGCCGGAAGUGAUCUCCCAGCUGGAACGAGAUGACCUGUGCAGGGUGGGGCAGCCGCCUCCCCGAGACUGCAAGGCUACACUUGAAAAGAAAAGGUCAGCUUCUGAGAAAGGUAACACUAGGGAAAAACCAUCCCACCACAUGGAAAUGAAUCACUGCAUUCAGGGUGAGCAGCCCUGGCCAGAGCCUUUAGGAAACGUGCAGGACCAGAGGGACCGUCUAGAGGAAGCCCAGGAGGAAUCUGUGAGGCAGAUGCCUCUCACCUCAGAAGGACUGUUUGCUGAAGGGGAACAUCAUGAGCAUGAACUUAGGGGAGGUCAUCAUCUACGUUUAAGCCUUGUACCUCCAACAUUACCUACAAAUGAACAUUUCCAGAAACUCAAUGCACAGGUGAAGAAGUUGAAACAAAAUUCAGUUUUCAUUACUCAUGAGAAAGCCUGGGCAGGUCUGAAGCCCUGUGAAAACUGUCAUUGUGCUGGAGCCUUCUGUCAGAGUAUGUACUUGAGUAAGCUCGAAAACACUGAGACACCAAAUAAAACUCCAUGUGGAUAUAUUGUCAGUAGUGACUCCCUCAACUUUGGUACCUCCCUUUGUUUUCAUGGUAGAAUUUUUUCAGCCGACAAUAGCAGUGAUUGUAAGGACCAUGGAAACCUUUUCUGUCACAGCAUGUCUCUGAAAGAACACCAGCAGGUAGAUUUUGGAGGAAGUCAGUACGAGUGUAACAAAUGUGGGGAAACCUGUUGUGAGAGUUUGUGCCUAGCACAAAUGGAAAGAAGUGAGCCUGGUGAGGCCCCCUUCAGAUGUAAGGGGAGCUGUGAUUCCUUCCCCAUGGCCUCAUCUUUUAACGACCGUAACAUCAUUCAGACUGGGAAGAAGCCAUAUGUGUGUAAUCAGUGUGGAAAAUCUUUCAGCUGUUGUUCUAAGCUUCUUGUACACCAGAGAACACACACAGGAGAAAAGCCCUAUGAAUGUACUCAGUGUGGGAAAUCUUUCAGUCAGAGCUAUGACCUUGUUGUACAUGAGAGGACACAUACUGGAGAGAAGCCCUACAACUGCAACCAGUGUGGGAAAUCCUUCACCCAGAGUUCCAAACUUAUUAGGCAUCAGCGAACUCACACUGGAGAAAAACCAUAUAAAUGUCUUGAAUGUGGAACAUCCUUCAGGUGGAACUCUAACCUCAUCGUGCAUCAGAGAAUCCAUACUGGAGAGAAACCUUAUGAGUGCCCUCACUGUGGAAAAUCCUUCAGCCAAAGCUCUGACUUCAUAGCACAUAAAAGGACUCACAGUGGAGAGAAGCCUUAUGAAUGUAACCAGUGUGGAAAAUCCUUCAUUCGAAGCACUCAACUCAUUAGGCAUCUGCGAAUUCACACUGGAGAGAAGCCGUACAAAUGCAGUCAGUGUGAUAGAGCCUUCACGGGGAGCUCGCACCUUAUUGAGCACCAGAGAACUCAUACUGGAGAGAAACCCUUUGAGUGUCAUCAGUGUGGGAAAGCCUUCACAGGGAGCUCACACCUUCUUUCCCAUCAGAGAAUUCAUUCUGGGGAGAAACCAUAUGAGUGUAAUGAUUGUGGGAAAUCUUUCCGUCAGCGAUCUCAGCUGGUCGUGCAUCAGCGGAUACAUACUGGAGAGAAACCUUAUGAAUGCAGUCACUGUGGCAAAGCUUUCAGCCAGAGGUCUCCCCUCAUUGUGCAUCAGCGAACGCACGUUGGAGAGAAGCCCUACCAGUGUAGCAUGUGUGUUAAGGCCUUCAGUCAGCGAUCGCGACUCGUUGAACAUCAGAGAACGCAUACUGGAGAAAAGCCCUAUGGAUGUAUUGAUUGUGGGAAAGCCUUCAGUGAUCGGUCCACCCUUACUAAACAUGAGAGAACGCACACAGGAGAGAAACCCUAUGAAUGCAACCACUGCGAGAAGGCCUUUAGCCAGCGGUGUCAACUUACUAGGCAUCAGCGAACUCAUACUGGAGAGAAACCCUAUGAAUGUAAUGAAUGUGGGAAAGCUUUCAGUUACAAUACAUCCCUUAUUCAACAUGAGAAAGCUCAUGGGCAGGAAACCCUAUGAAUAAUCAAGAUGGGGA